UUUCAGUCCAUGUAGAUAUUUGUUACGUAAAUAGUUACAGAAUUGUAGUUAAUGAUUAUAACGAUAUAAUCAACAACUAUGCCUCGUCCGAAAUCGUAUGAUCCCUGUAACCGUAUUACCCAAAUAAUUGGUUAUCGAGCGAAUUGGAUGUUCCAGCUUUGAUAAACUUUCUAUUUUAAACGUCGCCAGUGUCGCAGAUGCAAUAUGAGGAAAAAUAAAAGUAUCGUACUUGUGGAAAGAACGGGCGUGAGAUAAGUGAUCGAGUAGAAUCCUGUUUUAAAUAUGUUAUAAUCAAUUAAGCAAUUAAGCGAGAUCGAAAAAUGUGAUGGAAUAAAUUAAUCAGAAGAGCGUUAAAAAUGAAGGAAAAAAUGUGGGGAAUGAAAUAAAUUGAAUUAAAUUAAAUUCGCAGACUACACAAUGCAAGAUCACGAAAUGGAGACGAAAAUAAACAGGGAACAAGAUGCAGAAAAUAAAAACUAAUGUUGCGGAUAGUUUGUUUACCACUUACGGGUCGAUGGAAGAAAAGGGUAGCUCGAAGGAUGCGUGCAUAAUGAACGCGUCUGUUAAAUAUCAUCGGGUAAAGAGAGGGUUCAUAAUCGAUGCAACAUCCCAGAGGGAAAGCAGUAACAGUUAAGUCAUGGAGAGAUUCAGUCCACCGGCAACGUCGUUGAAGAAAAGAAUCAGCCCCCCAAUUGCGUGGAAUCUUGGUCUCACCAGCAAGGAUCCAAGAAUUGUCAAAGUGAUUUUAUUGGGCCAUCAAGGUGUCGGUAAAAGUGCUCUAGCGGUGCGAUUUGCAACGAAACGAUACAUAGGGGAAUACGACUGCUCCAUCGAGAGGAUUUACAAAGUGGACAGCUUCCUGGACGCCGCAUGGGAGAUAACUGACCCCCCGGGGUAUUUACCACCUCCGUCUGAAUUGAAAUUGCGUUGGGCAGAUGCCAUCGUUCUCGUUUACUCCGUGUCGGAUCGUGUCAGUUUUGACGAAACAUCUCGUCUCCGAUUUUUGGUAUCUCACGCAAGGAAGACUAGAAAAGUACCACCAAUAGUGAUCCUCAUAGCAAAUAAAGCAGACCUAACGUACACUCCUGGCGAAAGGGUAGUUUCCACUGCAGAAGGUCGUCAGAGGGCAGAAGAGAUCGAGGCCCAUGCAUUUCACGAAAUUUCCGUCCGAGAAUCCGUCGAUCAGAGCCAGACACAACACCACGUCAUCGACCACGAGAGCUUCGGCAGACAGGCUUCGAUAUCUCCAGAGAGCUGAAUAUUCGUGAGGUCUCGCCACGAUACGACAUCGAGAUCAUUGACGUAGCGCUACGUCAUCGAUCGCAAAAGAAAGUCUGGUCGAUCAGAAUGGAUCGGAAAUCUCGACGGGACCAUGCUGUUGCUCGAUCUGCUCGACUCAC